GGUGACGCGCACGCACGGUUGGCUCUCGCUCUGUCGCUCUCGCUCUCACACACACAUUCUCUCCCCUCACACACAGACGCGGAGAGGCGCUCACCGGGGCAUGGCUGGCACGCAGCCGCGCUGGCUUUGUUAUUGGCACCGUCUGCCGGCCCAGCGGCUGGAAGACUGAUGGGAGGCGCUGGAGCAGCAGCGGCUGCGGCGGCGGAGGAGGAAGCAGCGGCGGGCCCGGCGCGGAAUCCCGGGGAGGAGAGCCGGGGUGUUUCCUAGGACGCAAAUGUUUUACAGGGACCUUUGUCUCAAAAUGUCCAAGUUUUGAAAACAUACAUUAAUCAUAACUUUCUAGUCAAUCGCCGUCAAGAUGAGUGUCCAAGGGAAAGGUUUCCCUUUGGACCUAGGGGGAAGCUUUACUGAAGAUGCACCGAGGCCUCCAGUACCUGGGGAGGAAGGAGAACUGGUCACAACAGAUCCAAGGCCGUUCAUCCACAGUUACUGCCCUGCAAAAACUGAUGGGAUCAAAAAUGAGACUUCAACAGCGACGCCGAGACGUUCCGACCUGGACUUGGGCUACGAACCCGAAGGCAGCGCUUCACCCACUCCACCAUAUUUAAAAUGGGCUGAAUCUUUGCAUUCUUUGUUGGAUGACCAGGAUGGAAUUAACUUGUUCAGAACUUUUUUGCAACAAGAGAAUUGUGGGGAUUUUCUCGAUUUCUGGUUUGCGUGCAGUGGCUUUCGGAAGCUGGAGCCUAGUGACACCAAGGUGGAAAAAAGACUCAAACUGGCCAAAGCAAUUUAUAAAAAAUACAUUCUAGACAAUAAUGGGAUUGUCUCUCGGCAGAUCAAACCAGCAACAAAGUGUUUUAUUAAAGAUUGUUUACUGAGGCAGCAGAUUGAACCUGACAUGUUUGACCAGGCCCAAACGGAAAUCCAGUCCAUGAUGGAGGACAAUACUUACCCUAUAUUCCUCAAAUCGGAUAUCUAUUUAGAAUAUACUACACUAGGCGGGGAAAGUCCUAAGAUCUACAGUGACCAUAGCUCAGGUUCUGGAACAGGGAAGGGUCCAGCUGGAUAUUUGCCAACUCUUAACGAAGAUGAGGAAUGGAAGUGUGACCAAGCGGUGGAUAAUGACUGUGAAAGAGAAUCUGUUUCUUCUAACAUUAUUAAUCAGAAACUCAUUUUAGAAGCUGCGUCGCAUUGUCCAGCCGCAUCUAGACGUCUGAGCGAUGGAAGAGAGUUUAGGCCGGGAACAUGGAGAGAACCAGUUAACCCUUACUAUGUCAACUCCGGGUAUGCGGUGGCACCAGCCACUAGCGCUAAUGACAGCGAGCAACAGAGUAUGUCGAGUGACGCAGAUACCAUGUCCCUAACGGACAGCAGUGUAGAUGGAGUUCCACCAUAUAGAUCACGAAAGCACCAUCGCAGGGAAAUGCAAGAAAGUGCCAAAGCAAACGGACGUGUGCCACUACCUCACAUUCCACGUACAUAUCACAUACCAAAGGAUAUUCACGUUGAUCCUGAAAAAUUUGCUGCUGAGCUAAUAAGUCGCUUGGAGGGAGUUCUGAGAGACCGUGAAGCGGAACAGAAGUUGGAGGAGCGGCUAAAACGAGUGAGAGCUGAAGAAGAAGGUGAUGAUGCCGAUGUCUCAUCUGCAGCACCUUCAAUGGUUAGCCACAAGUUGCCUUCAAGCCAGCCCAUGCAUCAUUUCGGUUCACGCUAUGCCGACAUGGGUGGCGUCGGGAUGCCAAUCAGAGACGCCCAUGAAGAAAACCCAGAGUCCAUCCUCGAUGAACACGUGCAGCGCGUCAUGAAAACCCCAGGCUGCCAGUCUCCGGGACCCGGGCGCCAUUCCCCGAAACCACGCUCUCCGGAUGGCCACUUGGGCAAAGGCCUUCCUGUAUCUAUGGGAACAAUGCAGCCUGGUCACGGAAAGCAUUCGGGCAAGAGUGGCUCAAAACUUGAGGCAUCUAACCUUUACCACCACAAACAUGUUUAUCACCAUGUUCACCACCAUGGCGGUGUGAAACCUAAAGAACAAAUUGAGGCUGAGGCCACACAAAGAGUGCAGACCAACUUCCCAUGGAAUGCAGAACCACAUAACUAUGCAACCAAGUCUCGAAAUUAUGCAGAUAGCAUGGGAAUGGCCCCUAAUCCUAUGGAUUCCCUGGGCCACAGCGGAAAAGCAAGUGUGCUUGCCAAAAGGAACGCUAAGAAAGUGGAUUCCGGGAAGCUCGAAAGUGCCAGCUAUGAAAUGCCAGUUGUGCCAGAGGACGCAGAGAGAAACCAGAAAAUCAUGCAGUGGAUAAUGGAAGGAGAGAAGGAGAUAACCAGACAUAAAAAAUCCGUCCAUAGUUCGUCAGGUGCCAAGAAGCAGCCUGCCCAUGAUGUGCCUAGACCACUUUCCAUUGAGCGGCCGGGUGCCGUCCACCCAUGGGUCACUGCCCAACUACGCAACGUGGUUCAGCCCUCUCAUCCUUUCGUGCAAGAUCCCACCAUGCCGCCCAACCCUGCCCCCAAUCCGCUGACACAGCUGGAAGAAGCACGCAGGAGGCUGGAAGAGGAGGAGAGAAAAGCUGGAAAAAUGCAAGUGAAGCAAAGGUAUGUUCAAGAGGUUAUCCAGCGGGGACGCUCUUCUGUCAGGCCACCUUAUAUUCCAUUGAUGAAUGUGGUGCCAGCUGUCUCCGACAUGGACCUCUCAGAACCACAGUUAAAACCUCAAAAGAAAGGAGGAAGUGGAUCCUCCCAGCCCUGCGAAAACAUUGUGGUGGCGUACUACUUCUGUGGAGAGCCUAUUCCCUACAGGACCAUGGUGAAGGGCCGUGUAGUGACCCUGGGACAAUUCAAGGAGCUGCUUACGAAGAAAGGAAAUUACAGGUAUUACUUUAAGAAAGUAAGUGACGAAUUUGAUUGUGGAGUGGUUUUUGAAGAGGUGCGAGACGAGGACACUGUUCUGCCCAUCUACGAAGAGAAAAUUAUUGGCAAGGUGGAAAAGAUCGACUAGGCCAUUCAACAACGCAAAUGUGCUGUGUGCAAGCAGAAUCGAAGAUGUUUAACAAAAUGCUGGAAGAUAGAAAAUGUCACAACAGCCCCUCGCUGUCAUAAAUGGCGGUACCUGUUUGCGGAAGGUUAAUUCCCGCACUGGCGAUCUUGAAUCCGUUCAAGAGAACCUGUUGAAGCAGUCUGCGCUGUCCUCUUAGGGACUGCAGUCCAUGUAAUGUAGCAGUGUACAGUUAAAGCUAGAGGUUGUUAUAGAACCUUGUUUAUGAGAGCUGCAUAUUUUUGAUACAUUGAAAUUAAAAAAAGAAAAAAAAAAAAACGGGAAUUAAAUUUUCCGAAGUCACAGUGCUCUUAUGUAAAUUUUAAACGCUAUGGUGCUGCGGUCACCGAAAAAAAAAAAACUUCAGCCAUCACAAAAGGUUGAUCUGCCGAAGGCAAACCAGUCUCUCCCCCCACCCCCUAUUGUUUGCUGGUGCUUUUUUUUUUUUUUUCAGAGUCAUUUCCAAUGUUCACUAUUCCCACUUGAGUUUUUUCUGUACGGUUCCAAAACACUAAGAUUUGCUUUUUAAGUGUUGUGCACGCUCGGCCUGGCAGGAGGCUGCAUUGGUACUUUUCUGUAUGAGUGCCUGGUUUAUUUUAAAGAACGUUUUCUUACUGAUUGCUAUGUGGAUCUUUUUUGAAAGAAAUAUAUAAUUGUGGAAAAACCUUGUUUUCUAGAUUUAUUUUUUAAAAAGUUAUCUCUACACACAGUAUUGGUGCAGUUUGUGAGCAAAAAAAAAAAUGGUGGCCAACAUGGUUUUCUACAUGUCAACUCAAUGUAGAAUGGAUGUUUUAGUGGGUCUCCGGAGGUUGGGGUUGGGUUUUUUUUGUUUUUUUUUUUACCUGUAUGUCUUUUCACAAGAUUGAUAAAAAUGUUGGUGGAUUUCCCCAUUACUUUUUUUAUGAAAUAUAAAAAAUUAAGUGUGACCAUAAUUGGUUGCAUAAGGGCAACAUUGGGAGAUAUUCCCAGUUAUAAUUUGAGGAACGGUUUAAGAAUCCACCAGUGACAUAAAUAUUUAGGUAAUGUUUAUCUAUGGGCAAAAAAAAAAAAAAA